AUGACCACCGGAGACACCACCUCCAGCGUUCCGAGCAAACGCGCUACAUCAGCUCUUCAAAUGGGGCCCCGCAAAAAAGGCUCUUUAUCAGACCCCCUUAUAUCACAUGGGCGUCACUUUGGUCGAACUGUGUUCGCGCUGUGCAACUACCCUUCUCUACUGACCAAUGGUAUCCUUAGAUUGGAACAAAUGGAAGAAACUCCUCUGGAAGACUUCUCUGCCGAAGAACGACGAGAGCAUCGCGUUUUCGAACAGCUUUUGGACUCUUAUCCUGGCCUGUUAGAGCGACUUAGGAACGGAUCCGAAGAAGAAAUUUUGCAUGUUGGAGAACUAAUUGGUAAGGGAGCGUCAGGCGCGAGAGGUGACGACACUAAAUCAUUGAAACCUGCAAUACUCGAUUGGAUCUCCCCAAAAGGAGCAGCGAUCCAGCCUCCGUUACAUAGGAAUUCGAAGAUCGAUCGAGGAUUUAACCAUGAACUUACCGGGUCAUUACUUUGCCCCGCUGGGUUGAACUGGCACGACGCAGAGACGAGAGAGAACCUUCGCAGUGGCGAAAUCUUGGUCUGCGGAGAUCAAUGGCCCGUUUUUUUGUAUGCUCACCAUACCUAUGACGCGGAGGACCCAUGGUGCGGUCUCCUCAGGAGUCGCUUGCUGACAUGUGCUUACAAGCAUGUAUUCACAUCCCCGAGUUCGGUCGACAAAGACCCAAAAGCCACGCGAUCUGGAAAUGCUCGGCUUCAUGGCAUGAACCGCGUCACCGUUGCCUCCAUAGCUUACAUUGCUACUCAGGUCCGAUUUGCCCUAAGCUCAUCCUCGGUAUUCUCACGAACCGACACAUCCACAGACUCUGAGACAUUUUACCACAGCCUCCUUGACCUUUUCGAAGACCCGGACGAAUCCAAGGAAGUCGACGAGCUACUGACAUGGUGGAAUCGCCAGGUUUUCCCUACAUCCUCUGCAGCUAAACGGCCUAUUAGCGCCAAUAGUGCCUUAUCCAAAAUCCGAAUCAAACGCCUUGCGGCCAAAAACACCUCUGAUUCAAAUGUAACUGUAGCCUCCACAUAG